GCGGGGCCGCGCGCCCGCCAUGCUGAUCACGCUGUGCUACCUGUACCUGUGGGCGCGCUGGGGRCCGCGCUCGGCCGCGCUCGUCCGCAGCACCGUGCGGAGGCUGCACCGCUCCCGCUGCUCCUUCACCUUCUGCGCCCGGCAGCCGCACCCCGAGGAGCGCGUCUGCCUCCGCAUCGGCGGAAAGGUGUUCUGCACCGGCGAGGCGCAGUUCCUUGAUGACUUAAACAGGUGGAGACUCCUUCUCAUUUCUCCUGUGAUUUACCCUGAGAAGCUGCUCACAGCAGAACACAUAGCUUUUGUAACAGAAAGCAUUUCUGYCCAGACAGAGACCCUACAGAAAGGACCUGACUCUUCAAAAGAGAUUGUGAAGUGGUCAGACUUUUGUUCACCCUUGGCCUAUAAAGCUGGGGAACCUUUUCAGUUAAUUGCUGAAGCCAGUGUAGAUAAUUUCAGUAGCCUUGGGAUUGCCUUCCUGGAAGACAGGCUGCAGAUGGAUAAUGGGAUGCUGCCACACAGGAUUGUUUCUGUCCAUUUAGAGGAAUCUGCCUUGAAGGAGCUGGCCCAGGAGGCGCCGUCGCCGAAAGAGAAAAGCGCAGCCAUGGAUGCGGGAACUGCCCUGAAAUCAGGAUCGGGGAGGGCUGAGCCUACAGGGCGAGGCAAGGAGGGGAAAUCCAAGCUGGAGGAAGAAAAGGAGCACSAGGAUGAGCCCCAAAAGCUGUGUGAGCAGGAGGCAGGAGCUGGGGAGCACCGACACCUGCACCUUUCCAGCUGCCGCGAGUGCCGKCAGCUGGAGAACAGCACCAUCGAGUCGGUGAAAUUCGCCUCCGCCGAGAACAUCCCCGAGCUCCCCGAGCGCUGCAGCAGCGAGCUGGAGGAGGAGGAGAAGGAUGAAUGGCUGGAAAAAGGGGUGGAAAGGAUAAAUAUGGCUGGGAAACCCCCAAAUAUCCUGAUUUACCUGGGCUCGGAGGCUGCCGAGGCGCGGUUCGAGCGGGUGAAGUCGGUGCUGCAGGAAUGCACGGGUGCCGACAGCUACACCAUCUACCAGCUGCAGCAGGAGCAGCUKCUGCGGGAUCCCUGGGUGGAGAAUUCCCUGCUGCUGGUCCUUGCCACCGAGGAGCCCAUCCCUGAGAGGAGCCACAAGCUUUUUAUGAGGUUUUUAUCCCAAGGGGGGAAGAUUUUGGGUUUUUCCUCGUCGUUUGCAUUUGGGGGCGUGCGGAUAAAGCGCAGGAAGGAGCUGAGGAGGGCUGUCCGUGAGCUGGUGGUGUGCAGGAAGGACAGCAGCGAGCUGAGGCUGAGCCUGCUGCUCAGUGGAUUUGUGUUUGAGAUGGGGCUGAAGGAAGAACCCGGCACGGUGAGGACGCUGAGCCGAUUAAACAAUGCUGAGAAGGACUCGGUUAUUGUGCAUCUGACUCACGGGAGCAGCGGGGGAGAAGCCAUCCUUUGCCAGGCUCACUUGGAGCUGGACAGCAGUUCCGUGGAUGUGCAGACUGAAGAGGAUUUUAACCUCCUCAAGAUGAGCAAUUCCAAGAGAUACGAAGUUCUCAAGGAGAUCCUGACCUGCCUGGGCCUGAGCUGUGAAUUGAGGGAGAUUCCUGCCCUGACUCCCAUUUACCUGCUCUCCCCAGAYGAGGAAAUCCACCUGGCUUUCCUCAAGUGGCUGGAGGGGAACGUGGACGCUGAAGGGCUGAGGACAUCCAGCAAAGUGUCCCUGAGGUUUGUGCCRUCCUGGGAGUCCCGAGUGGAGGUGACUCCGUCGCUGGUGCCGGUGAUCACCGAGAUGGGCGCGUUCUCCUCGCGCCAUUUCAGCCUGGAAAGAUAYCAGCAGAACCUUCACACCAAGAAGCUGGGCAAGAUCCUUCUUUUCACUGAAGUCACCACCAGCACCAUGAAUCUUCUGGAUGGGUUAAUGUUCGAGUUGCCUGAGGAGAUGGGUUUAAUAGCAGUAGCUGGUCGACAAACACAAGGGAAAGGUCGUGGUGGAAAUGUCUGGCUCAGUCCCGUGGGCUGUGCCCUGUCCACUCUGCACAUCUCCAUCCCUCUGCAUUCCAACCUAGGCCAGAGAAUUCCUUUCAUCCAACACCUGGUGUCCUUGGCAGUGGUGGAGUCAGUCAGAUCCAUACCAGGAUAUGAGGACAUCGAGCUGCGGGUUAAGUGGCCCAAUGACAUUUACUACAGCGAUCUGAUGAAGCUCGGUGGAGUUCUGGUGAAUUCAACACUUGUUGAAACAACGUUUCACAUCCUCAUUGGUUUUGGGUUUAAUGUGAGUAACAGCAACCCCACCAUCUGCAUCAACGACCUGAUUGCAAAGUUCAACAGGGAGGAGGGGGCCAAGCUGCAGCCCCUGAGCGCGGACUGCCUGAUUGCCAGGACUGUCACCGUGCUGGAGGGGCUCAUCGAGCUGUUCCAGGAGAAGGGCCCCAAUGCAGUUCUGCCCCAGUACUACAAGUACUGGAUACACAGCGGGAAGCAGGUCCAUCUGCGGGACGAGGAGGGGCCGCUGGCCUGGAUCGUUGGCAUUGACGAUUACGGAUACCUGCAGGUGCACCAGGAGGGCCAGGGCGUCGAGUCCGUGCACCCCGACGGCAACUCCUUCGACAUGCUGAGGAACCUGAUUGUCCCCAAGCACUGACUGCCCCCCAAACCCGUUCCAGCUGGGAAGGACCCUUCAAAGUUUGAUUUUUUUCCCUUCUGAUUUGCUGCUGUCUCUGUGUCUCACAUGGGUAACUGCAGCAGUUGGAGAGAGGUGGUGAUCUCCCAGCUGAUGGUUUUUAUUUUUAUUAACUUUAAAACACACACCUCUGUUGCCAUUCUUGGUAAGGAUCUGCUUUUUGAAAGGAGUCUGAUUGCAAACGAAUAUUUUGAAGUGAACAGAUCUUUCUCUUUAUUUUUACACCCUGUACUGAAGACACUGAAGUGGCUUAAUAUUCCUUUUCUUUUCUUUUCUUUCUUAAUAUUCCUUUUUUCUUUCUGUGUUUUUAUGGUACUUUAGCACAGUGCAGGACAAGAUUUACUUUUUUACUUUAUUUUUUUAAACUAAAUUCCGAUUCAUGAGUUGUCUGCACUAAAACCAGCUGGAACAUCAAAUAUUCCUGGAAUUGCUGGGAUCACCACUGUGCUUAACUCCAGGUCUGAGGGAAGAUCUUUGCUGAUUUCUUCUCUUCUGUAGACCUGUACAACUACUUACCAACCUGUGCUUCGACCUCAGGGCUGCGACUCUUAAUGGCUGCCUUGAGUUUYUGGGAGAGUUUUCCAUCAGCACUUAGGAGCUGUGCUUGGUUAUCCAAGUGAUUUGCACUCUGCUCUCCUCAGUCAGUUGGAUGUGAGUAAAUCAUCUCAUCUGUCCCUUAAAUUGUGGUUUUCCAAGAGGGUUUAGCUCCUGGAAACAAAUCCUGUUGGAGCAGCGUCACAGAGCUGCAAUUAUUGCAGAAUCACAUUCAGGGGAAGGAACCUUUAAUUCAUUUAGAAUUUAAUAAUAAUGAUGAUGUGAUCUCAACAAAGUGAAGUGAAUAAAUAAUGGGAAUCAAUUAAAUUCCCUGCUGCAAACAACAACUCCAGUGGAAAAGAAAUCACCACCAUUCACCCGUGCCCAAAUUCUCUUGCACAARUCCUGUUGUCGCCCCCUUUCCCAAAGAAGAGUCUGGUUUUGCUGCUGAGCACUAAAAGCAAGAGCUUGAACACCUGCUGACCUGAAAGCAGCUCCUUUUGGGGGCUGCCUGUGCAUUCCCAGGCAGGGGAACAACCUGGGAAUUCUCCUGGAGCAGCCACGCGGGAGCUCCAGUGCCUCAGCGGGGUUUUCUCCCAAGGAGAUUUGGCCACCACAGCUCCCCAAAUCAUUUUGUGCAGAACAGGUUUGUCCAGGUGCAAUGUGGCCAGAUUAAUUUCUUUUUAUUCRUGGUGGAUCAGCCAAAUUGAUUUCCACAGAGGAAACUGCCGUCUGCCAGCCAGAAAUGGGGUUUUUGGGUUAAAGUUCGCCUCAUAAACAAUCCAAACAUUUCAGAUUGUUUCAGCUACGAAGCCAAGAAGUCUUAAAAUCAGGAAGCUUGUCUGAAAUGGUAAUUUUGACCAAUCCUCACAUAUUAGGGUUUAGGUGGUUUGGCAGCAAGAGUAGAAAUUAUGUUGUCCCUGUAACAUUUAGGAUUUUAUGCUCCAUCUCACACCAGAUUUGUCCUGAUUGUCCAUACCCUGCUGGGUUGUUUUCCCCACAAUUCAAAUCAUGGAAAGCUGCACACCAGCACCUCCUAGAACUGCACACAGAUAGCUGCUAAUUGCUAUAAUUAAAAUGAUAUGACAGGCUUGGCUUUUCCCUACCAGAUGCUUCCAAAACUGCUCGGGGUUGAGAAUGUUUGGCAGCUGCCUUUCAUUUCAAAAUUCAAUAUUGCUGCGUGGUGUAAUCAACUGAAUUUGAGCCUGGCUUCUUAAAGCUUCACUCAAAAGAAACCAUCAAUUUAUAUAUAAAACURUAAAAAAAUGUACACUCACAUCUUCCUGCUGCAUCCUCACUUAUUUUCUGCCUCUUCCUUCAUGAGCAGCCCGUGCUGCUGCAGGAUAGGAAAGCAGAGCUCUGGUGCUGCUUUUCCAACCACAAAGUUCUACAAAAUUUCACCUUAACCCAGUCAUUGUAGCUAAAACUGUCUCAGCUUUAGGAUUUGCCUGUAGAUUCACCUUUUUGGUUUUGUUGAUGUUUCAGAGAGCCUGGGAAGUGCCUGUAGGGAUUUAACAGCCAUCUCAUGCCUCAGGCUGAGUGGCCACAUGAGUUGCAUCCUUAAAACGUAUGUUCACCCUCCACCAGGGUCAAAAAAAAGAUGAGAAAAAAGGGUAAAAUGUGGGAAUUUUGGAAGGGCAGAAUGGACUUGCAAGGCUCCACUCGGUUGCAGUGGCUGAGCAGCAGCAGAGAGGUUUCUCAGCAGCAAAAUGCUGCAACAUUUCCUGGUUGCUGUGGGUCCUUUCAUAGCUGCCUUGAUGAUGGUUCAGUUCCUGCUUGGAGUUGUCAGGUUAUUCCAAAAAUUUUUGCCUUGGGAAGAAAUUUAGGGUGGAAUGUCCUUCCCACGGGGGUGAAAACCCCCAGCCUGGAUGUGCCAGAGCUCAGGGAACGCUGUGGGAUCCACUUCGCCUUUCCAGUGGCCUCUUCUGCCRUCUCCACCUUCAGCCAGGCUGUGGAGGAAGGAGUUGUUGCUUUUCCUUCAGAAGAACCAAAGAUGAGGAGAAUUCUCAUGGGAUGAGGAGCAUCUGGAUAAAUUCCUUGUGGAGGAGUCYUUGGAGAAGCUCCUGACCCUCUGACAGGUAAAUGAGAGGCACAGSCAGGUCUGACUCUGACUCUUCCUCUGCCAAACUCAACGCGCCCCGAAAGCCRCAACAUUUUUGCAGGAAAAUCCUUGUUUUUCUUUUUCUCCAUGUGUGACAGACAAAUGUGGUGCAGGGUGUGCCUGGAUGUGGGGCUGGAGAGAUCCAGACAAGCCCAGGCCCAGGAAUAAUGCCCUGAAAAUGUUUCAUUUCAUUCAGCUGUCUGGAUUAGUAAAACACCUCUUCCAUUGCUACGCUGAGCUCAUAUCUUAAACUAUUUUCUUGAUGAAGUGCUUUCAAAAAACCCAUUUAUUACGCUGUCCGUGUUUCUGUGACUUCAUUUUUUUUUUUUCCUCCCGGGCUCUGUUCGAACGUUYCUCAUGGUGAAAACAUUUGUGGGGGUUGUUUAUUGAGAGGAAAACUUACUGAGGGUGUGUUGGCACAUGUGAGUGGCCGGCGUGAGUUGUGCCCAAAGGUUUGAAAAAGUCAUAAUGGACUUCACAUUUCCGAGUUCAAGCAGCACAUCUUGCUUCUAGUAAAGAUUUUAUAAGACUUCAGAGCUUUUUUUUUUGUUUUUUUUUUGUUUUUUUUUUGUUUUAAAUAUAUCCAGCAAAUCAAGGGCUAUUACCUGGAAAUAAUAUUAAAGCAUUUAAUUCUUUAUGCUGCUGCUUCGCUGGACAAAAUUCAUUGCUUUGCUCUUUCUGAUUCAGCUGCAUCAGCAGUCUGAAAAAUAAAAAAAAAGAGAGACUUUUUGCAGCUCCUUUGGAAUAUCCAGGAGCUUUCUGUCAUGGAAAURUCCAUCAUGGGAAAGAUUUGUGUUGGUUCCUGGGGGUAACUGCUUUGCUAAAAGCUUUUGCUUGCCUAAGUGGUGCUGGGGAUGCACCGCCUUGAUCAGACACCAAAGAAAUUAAAUCCGGGCCCAGGAAAGAGCAGAGGUCAAAAAAAUGAUGGAGAAAAGAGAACUGCAGGGAAGGAAUUGUCAGGUAUUGAGUUUCUCAUUAGUGAUUCUGUGUUAUUCGCAUCUUCCAAGUGUCUUSAUUUCAAACGCAUCAUGGCAAAGAUACAAUAAUCUGAAAAAAAAUCUCUGUAUUUUAUUGUCAAUUAUAGCUCAUAUCACAGCUGAAAUAAAAUUUUCAAAUAUG